GCGGGCGCGACGGCGAGAGAUGAAAUCAGAAACAUUGCCAUCAUCGCGCACGUCGAUCACGGCAAGACGACGCUUGUUGACUCGAUGUUGGCGCAAUCGAAGGUGUUUCGGGACAACGAAAAAGUGGAGGAACGCAUCAUGGACUCGAACGAUCUCGAACGCGAGCGUGGGAUCACGAUUCUGUCGAAGAACACGGCGGUGACUUACAAGGAUAAGAAGAUUAACAUCAUCGAUACUCCGGGUCACGCUGAUUUCGGUGGGGAAGUCGAACGCGUGUUGAACAUGGUGGACGGCGUGCUUUUGCUCGUGGACAGCGUCGAAGGGCCGAUGCCGCAGACGCGUUUCGUGUUGAAGAAGGCGUUGGAGAUUGGUCUUAAGGUUGUCGUUGUCGUCAACAAGAUUGAUCGCGAGGGUGCGCGCCCGGAUUAUGUGGUUGAUACCACGUUUGAUUUGUUUUGCAACCUCGGCGCGACGGAUGAGCAGUGUGAGUUCCCGGUUGUCUACGCCUCGGGCUUCCAAGGCAUCGCCGGUAUGGAGCCGGAUCAGCUCUCCGAUUCACUCGAACCGUUGUUUGAAAUGAUCGUGAACGAAGUCCCGGCCCCAGUCGGAGACGUGACCGCGCCGCUUCAAAUGUUGGUGACCAACUUGGACUACGACGAAUUCAAGGGACGCAUCGCGCUCGGCCGCGUUCGCGCGGGCACCAUGACCAAGGCGACCAACGUCAAGAUUGGCGUCCCGGACAAGGAUGCUCGUAAUGGCAAGGUCACCGAAGUGUUCAUCUACAACAACUUCGUCCGCUCGCCGGUCGACUCCGUCGGCGCUGGUGACAUUUGCGCCAUCGCCGGUCUUCCGGACGUCAUGAUUGGCGAAACCAUCAUGGUCGAAGGCUCUAAGCCGCUCCCGACGAUUACCGUCGAAGAGCCCACCGUUCGUAUGUCCAUGUCCGUGAACACGUCUCCGUUCGCCGGCCAAGAAGGCAAAUACGUCACUUCCCGUAACUUGAAAGCGCGACUCGACCAAGAACUCGAGCGCAACUUGGCGCUCAAGGUUGAACCGGGUGACACAGCCGAUACCUUUGUUAUUUGCGGUCGCGGUGCUCUCCACAUCACGAUUUUGAUCGAAACCAUGCGCCGUGAGGGGUACGAGUUCACGAUUGGCCCGCCGGAAGUCAUCACGAAGAAGGAUGCCGAUGGCCACAAGGUUGAGCCGUACGAGGAAGCCUUCGUCGAGGUGCCGGAGGAGUACACGGGCUCGUGCGUCGAUUUGCUCGCCAACCGCAAGGGUCAAAUGCUUGACCUCGUCACUGACGACAAGGGUCAAACGAAGAUGAAGUACAAGGUCCCUACGCGCGGUUUGCUCGGCUUGCGCAACGCCAUUUUGACUGCCACUCGCGGUACCGCCGUGUUGAACACAAACUUUGACGAGUACGGCCCGUGGGCUGGCGACAUUUCCAUGCGCGACCAAGGGUCGCUCAUCGCGCACGAAACCGGCCAAGUCACUACUUACGCCAUUCAAAGCGCGCAAGAUCGCGGCAUUUUGAUCGUCAAGCCGGGUGCCGAAGUCUACGAAGGCCAAGUUGUCGGCAUUCACCAGCGUGCUGGUGACUUGAAGGUCAACGUGUGUAAGAAGAAAGCGGCGACCAACGUUCGUUCGAACAAGGACGCUACCGUCGUGCUCAACGAAUCCAAGGAAUUGAGCUUGGACGAUUGCGUCGAAUACAUCGCGCAAGACGAACUCGUCGAAGUCACGCCGCUUUCGAUCCGCAUUUGCAAGAACACGAAGAUGAAGACGCGCAACAAGAAGAACUAA